AUGAGCUCAUGGGAAAGCCUGCUAAAGACCGCGGAAGACGACUACAAUGACGGAAAUUUUAAGGACUCAUACUUUAACAAUAUGAAAGCAGCAAGCGCGCUGAUUCAAAAACUUUCCACAGAGGUUACCUUUGCGACUCGAGAUACCGUAAAGAACAAGCCAAGCAAUAAUCUUUUGUUUCAACAAUUAAAUCGGUGCUUGCAACAUGCCGAAGAUAUACUUCAGAACAGAACCAUUAACGGUUCUCUCCCUUCUCCGCAACCAUCCUAUAUCUCCGAUAUUACUCCUUCAUUGCCGACUAUCAAUGCGGCGGCAAGUCAUUUGCCACUAGUUCCAUUUUCGCCUCUCACGCGACAAUCGAUCGAUUAUAUGCAUAAUCUAGCAAGCACAUCCAACAAAGUCACUGUGGCAAAACAAAAAUCUUCUGAGGGAUCGGAAAAUCAAGAGCAUAUUCGUCGUCUCAAUAACGAAGUGCGUAUUCAACGUUCGAAAUUGGACCAAGUUAACGUACAAAUUCAGACAAUUUCUACGGCGACAUUAUUAUAUUGGGAGACUGAAGCGGUCGCGAAACAAUUGACUAUUAUUGAGUGUCAAUUAUUCGGGAAGGUGGAUGAUUUUAAAAAAGACUUGACGACGAAGGAUCGAAAAAAUUCAAAUGCACAAGCGUGUUUGGACUUCCAUCGAUAUUUGACAAAUAGUUUUACCCAUCAAUUUAUCAUCUACGCAGAUAGUAUUCGAACAUCUGCUAAUUCACAUAAAAUUUCACAACAGUCAAAAGAUAAUCUUAUUGCUAAUGGGAUAAAGAUCGCAUAUAUUUUAUUGCACGUUUAUCGAAAUUUCAAUAGUUUUGCCGCGAUAGUGAAAGCUUUAAAUUCACCAGAAGUGCGUAGAAUUAGACGUCUAUGGGUUAAUCUUGCAUCUCGCACACACCAAAAAUUUAAAGAGCUAGCUAGUUAUGUAAAUCCAUCAAAUGAUUAUAAAGCAUACCGAGAUAUACUUAAUCAAAAAAUCGAGUUAUUUCGGGAUACCCCAGUGGCGGAUGCUGGUCCAAUGAUUGCAAUACCUUGGAUGCAAACCCACUACGAAGAGGUUAAAAAUGUCACGCAGGCUUACACCACGGGUAAUCAUGCAGGAGAUUCCUCGGAUAUUCUUUCGGCUCCGGGAGCACGAAAAUUAGAAAAAAUAUUUUCUCUACUUGAGCAAUGUCGAUCAAACACGAUUUCUUCGGAUGAUGAAGAAUGGGGCACAACACGAAAAUCAACAAACAAUGCACCUCGUAAUAAAGAUCCUAUUGUUUUAGACGGGAAUAAAAUAGUACCACCUUUAGAUAUUUCACGCAUGGGACUCGGAGAUUUUGGUAUACAUCAUUGGUUGGUUUCGAGGGUUUAUCUCACAAAACAACAGUUAGUUGACGAGAGUAUAGAGAUUGAACCUUUGUUGGACGGAGAACGUUUUUCGGAUAGUGGUGAUAAUAUGGAAAUAGUGAAAACUCCGUUGAAUGACCUUAAUAUAAUUAAAAAAGAUGAAACUAGAAACUUGAUUGAGAGAUCAAAUGGAUUUACUUAUGAUUUCAAGGAAUCAUCAAACAAUCCAUCUUCUAUUCCUUCUACUCCAUCACAGCAACCUCUUCCUAUAGUAAAAAAUAGUGAACCGGGUGAAUCAUCUGCCAAGAUCACGAAUCCUCCUAUAACCAAUACCAAUAAUAUAAAAGAAAUUGAAAAACCAGUUGAACCAGUAAUUACCCUAUUUAAACAGUCUAGUACUACUGAAAUGACCAAUGCACCAAAUAAAACAGUGACUCGUCCUGAAACAAUCUUCACCUCAUCGAAUCCUAUUUCUAUCCCGGUCAAUCUCAAUCGUCCCAAUUCCAAUUUAAGUAGCAAUGGCACUGCACCCAUUCCUAUACAACAAUCAGGUUCUGCGCCAUCUUUAGCGGCUCCUUCACUCAAUCCUAAUGCAACCCCUUUUAUUCCUAAUCGAUCUCAGAGCUUCUCGGAUCCUGCCAGUAAUAAUUUUGCAGCGUUUGCCGAGUUGAGUAAAAAUGCAAAAUUGGAUCAUCCGUCCACUGAAAGUAAAAUAGAAGAUGACGAAGAGGAAUUUAAAUACCCUAUCAAUGAUAUUAAUGGUGGUGGUCAAUCUGAAGCUAAAACUGAAGACGACGAGGAGGAAGAAGACAACUUUAUUUAUCCAUAUAAUAUAGGUGAAAUGAAAGAAGCUUCAAAUAAUGAUCCUGAAGAAGAAGAGGUAUUCAAAUACGAACAAAAUGAUGGCGAUGAUGAGGAAGAACGAAAAAACAAUGACGGAGAUGACGAAGAGGAUGACGACGGAGAUGAUGGCGGAGAUGACGAAAAAUUUGUGUAUACAGACUCUUCUGCAAUCCAAGAGGACGAGCAAAAGGAGAAUAACACAGGGUUCUCAUCAUCCGUAGGAGUGAAUGGAACCUCUAAGACAGCAGCAAAGAAGGAAAUUGUCGCUAAUGGCUCUAGUGUGAAUGGCGUGAAUGAUAUUCUGACCAUCAAGGAUAGGGAUACACGCACCGUUACCGUAAAGAUUAACGGAUUUACAUCCUCUUCAGCUACUGAUUGA